CGGACCGCGGUCACGUGACGCCCCCCGCCGUUGCCAUGGAGCCGCCGCUGGGGGCGGGGCCUCGGCAGGGCCACGUGACACUAAAAAAGAGGGUGUGGUUAUACGAUCACGUGAUUCGGGAUAAUCCCUACCUCAACGCGAAUCAACCAAUCAGAGGCCGGGUGGGGCUCGGGCUUGUAGCCAAUCAUAAAGAGGGCGUGGCCAAAGCGCCAACAGCCAAUCAGAAGCUGUUAUUUUACUCCUAAACCCCGCCCCUCUGCUUCUCGACCAAUCAGAAUGCAACGUACCGUGGGAGGCGGGGAACCCAAAAAUCCUCCAACCAAUCAGAGGCUGCCAAACUUUUCAGCCAAUCGGGCGCCACCCCAAAAUCAACAACCAAUCAGAAGCCAGAAUUUGGGCCCCACCAUGCAUCUCCUCCCGGCCGCCGUCACCGCCCUUCAUCUCCUCAUCCUCCUCCUCCUCUUCAUCGCCACCCUGGAUAAGGGCUGGUGGGUGCUGCCGGACUCGCAGCCCCUGAACCUCUGGUACGACUGCGCCCCCCGAAAUCGCUCCCAGGGCUGGGAGUGCAGCAGCCUCGGGCUCAGCCCCCUGCUGCGGGGGGUGCAGGGGCUGAUGGUGGCCGCCCUCCUGCUCUGCCUCGGCCUCCUCCUCUUCCUCUGGCAGCUGCUGGGGGGGCCCCGCGGGCGCCUCUUCCUGCCCUCGGCCGCUGCCCAGCUGCUGGCAGGGCUGGCGGCGCUGUUGGGGGCGGGGCUCUUUGUGGCCGGAGGGGGCGGGGCCAGCGGAGGCCGCCCCGGGCACUGCCCAGCGCUGGCCGGGCUGGGCGGGGCCCUGGCGCUGGCCAGCGGGGGCGGGUACCUGCGCCUGCGGACACGUGACUGACCACGCCCACCGCCACACGCCCACCUGGGACUGCGCCCAUUGGACACACUCAUCGACACACCCACUGGACACAUCCAACCGGGACACGCCCACUGACCACACCCACCUGGGACACACUCACUGGACACGCCCACCUGGAGCACACCUGCUGGAUACACCCUCCUGGGGUACACCCACUGGCCACACCCACCUGGACACGCCCGCCCAUUGGACAUGCCCACUGGCCACACCCACCUGGGACACGACCCCAUUGGACGCAGCAACUGGACACAGAAACUGGCUGUGCCCACUGGACACGCCCACCUGGGACACGCCCACUGGACAAGGCCCCUCCCUAUCCCAACCAAUGACACUCCAAUGACAUCAUCAAUGGCCAGAUGGUGAUGUCAUCACAGCAUGUGGCCAGUGACAUCACCUGCAUGGCCAAUGAGAGCCCUGCUGGGGUGACGUGGGCAAUGACAUCAUCAACAAGAUGGGUGUGGCCAAUGACAUCAUCAGCGAGAUGGGCGUGGCCAGUGAUGUCAGUGCCAUCAUCAUCAGGCCCAGGGUGGCCAAUGACAGAACUGAUGUGGCCAGUGACGUCAUCAGCAGGAUGGGCGUGGCCAAUGACGUCAUUAGCAAAGCAGUCAUGCCGAAUUCCAUCAGUCAGCGACAGAUGGGCGUGGCCAAUGACAUCACCGCGGGUGUCAACAUGACCAGUGACAUCAUCA